CAAAUGUUCUUGGUGUGAGUGACGUCACGUCUGGAGGCUGGCUGCUCGCGCUGCUCCUUCUGUUCACCUCCAACAGAGACAUUUUCCUGGAGUUCCCCGGCUCUUGUGACUGCGGACUGAGUCAGAUCCCCGCAGCAGCUCGAAGGCCCUCCACGGUGGAGCAAGACAGAACACGGAGCUACAUUCACUUCUACACCCGAGGAACGGUUGGACUUACACUCCCAUUCUUUACAUUAUUAGUAUUAUUUCAAACGUCCAAAGCGUUAUUCCUUGGGUAACGUUAGCUGAUUUAGUGGGCACCAGGAAUAUGCUCAGGAAUACAACCGUUGCCGUUACUCGUAAGAAGUGAAAGGAGUGUUUCACGGAGCCGAAAGUAACCUAGACUUCUUUCACCCCCAAAACUUUUUUUAAACUUCCUAAGCGGUGUGGAUAUGGCUUGGAUUAGAUGGGGCCUCUUAUUUGCGUUCGGUUUGCUUGUCUCUCCGGUAUGUCUGUCAGCGGAGCAGCAGCAGAGCCAGAGCUUCAGGAAACUGUACGUGCUGCAGCCGGGGCCGGGGCCGGGGCCCGGGCCGGGGGCGGCCGGAGCCAACAGCGGGGUGCGAGUCAGCUCCAUCUCGACGCGUCACGGCGCGGCAGGGCAGCCGCACACGUACAACGUGGAGCUCACCGCCAACUUCGGCGGUCAGGUCCGGACUCGCAGGAUGGGGAACCAAGCGGCUUCCGCCCCGCACUUCAGCCAGCAGCAGCAGCAGCAGCAGCUCUUGAAGUUGUCUGGGGUGAAUGUCUGUGGAGGCCAGUGCUGUCAUGGAUGGACUAAAGCUCAGGGAUCGCAGCGGUGCACACAGCCCAACUGCAUCCCUCAAUGCCAGAAUGGAGGAAUGUGCCUCAGGCCUCAGCUCUGUGUCUGCAAGCCUGGCUCAAAGGGGAAGGCAUGCGAGCAGAAGACGAUGCCCACACACCCCUUCCCAGCACUGCCUGGGAAUGGGCAUACCACUGCUAACUCAAAUGGACACACUAAUGGACACAAUGUGGUGCCCCAGCGGCCCAUACCUCAGCAAGUUUCUCCCAAUGGUUAUGCCUCUGCCCCCGCUCCAUCUAAUAACAUGGCCCAGAUGAAACUAAGUGUCAGGCCGGCCCCCCAGUUUGUACGACCACAUUACAUCCAACAACACAUCCAACAACAGAUCCGGCCCAUGCACCCAGGUCAGAGCCAGCAGUAUGUUAUAAAGCCCAAAUACUACCACACACACACCACGCACACACAGACGCAUGUCCAGUCCCAACCUGAGAGGCCCAUCCCCCUAACAGUGGCACACAACCCCAUCCAUGUGGGCAACCAUACAGGACGGAUCAAGGUGGUGUUCACACCAACCAUCUGCAAGGUAACCUGCACGGGGGGCAGAUGUCACAACAACUGUGAGCUGGGAAACACCACCACCAUCAUCAGUGAGAACGGCCGUGCUACUGACACCCUGACAGCCCCCAACUUCAGAGUAGUGGUGUGUCACCUGCCGUGUAUGAAUGGCGGGAAGUGCAGCACCAGGGACAAGUGUCAGUGCCCCCCCGAUUUUACUGGAAAAUUCUGCCAAAUGGCUGUUCAGAACGGACAGCAGCAGCCGUCAGGCGGCUACAGCCAAACUCAGGUCCACUCCACACACACCCUGCCUCUGACCUACAGCAACGGCCACAACCCUGUGUUCAGCCCCAGCAUCGUCAACAUCCACAUUAAGCAUCCCCCCGAAGCCUCGGUCCAGGUCCACCAGGUGUCUCAGCUGGACAACUACCACAACAUCGGGCACCAGCUCAAAGCUUCCCAGGCAGGCUCCUCCUCCACCAGCUACACCUACCAGCACUCAGAGAGCAGCCAGAAGAUCCAGCAGCAUGGCUACAACAUGCUUUAUCCCAGCCCGCAUGGCUACCAGCCAAUCAGCUCUAAGAACACCCUGGGCCGCUGCUUCCAGGAGACGGCAGGGAGUCAGUGUGGGAAGGCUCUGCCAGGUCUCACUAAGCAGGAGCAGUGCUGUGGGACCAUUGGGACAUCCUGGGGUUUCCACAAAUGCCAGAAGUGUCCAAAGAAACAAUCUAUUCCACUGAUAGAUUGUCCUCAGGGUUACAAGAGAAUCAACAGCUCUCAUUGCCAAGAUUUCGAUGAGUGCCAGCUGCAGGGGGCGUGUCCUAAUGGGAACUGUCUGAACACUGUGGGAAGCUACAGGUGCAUGUGUAAACCUGGCUUUGUUCCUGACCCCACACUCACCACUUGCAUAUGUAAGUCCUACAAUCUAACAUUGUCUUAAAUUUGUUUCUCAUUG